AUGGUAGCUUCACAUAUUACAGAGACUGACAAUGUCAGAAAGGGUAAACAAACCUGGCGAGGCCAAGAUCCUCAGUGGAGGAAGUGUACUCCUCCUCCACCUUCAUUCUUCACCAGAGGAGCAAACAACAAGUUUGUUCUCAAAGAUAUUGAUGGACACUUCCACGAUAUGCAACUUGAUGAGAUCCUUCAGAGAACUAGUCUGGACGAUACACGAUCCUCUGAUGAGAGCUUGGGUCCCUCAGUGUUCACUGCAUCUCCCUCGUACAAGUCUUCAUUUGCCCAAACACCCAUCACUUCCUUGAAGUCUCUCUGUCCCCAUAGCAAGCCCGGCAGUAUUUCUCCAUCGGGAUCUUCUUCUCAUCAGGGCCAUCUCAUCGUUCCACAACCGAGACUUCCAGAUCCAGUUGCUCGGCGGCGAGACAGUGGCUCAUUGUAUAGCGUUGAAGACAUCUCCACCAAGGCCUGCGCAUACACUGCCAAUGCAACUCAAACAUCGCCACGACACUCCCUUUUGAGACAAAAUGAUACAGAUCCUGCUUCCAAGGUUGAGGUCGACUCUGAGUCUCAGAACUUGAAUGAGUACUUGAGAAAGUACGGCCAAAGGAAAGUGACUCGACACAAGUGGAUUAUGACGGGUUUCUUGGUCUCUGUCAACUUCAUGUUCAUCUUUGCAUCUUGGUGGUGGCCUCGAUACUACUACGUCUACAUCCCAUUCAUCUCAUUCCCACUGGUUCUCAACUGUAUAAUGAUUGCCUCCAUCAUCUGCAUUUCCAUCAAGAAUCUCAUUGUGACUCAGAAGAUCAUUGAGCCAGACCACAAUGUGAAUCUAGUUAUGAUCAUGCCUUGCUACAAUGAGACUCUCGAAGAAUGUACCAAGUCACUUGACUCUCUGGUCGAACAAGUCGGCAUUGACAACCACAAGAGGGGCAUCGUGGUCAUCUGUGAUGGUCGUGUCCGUGGACCUGGGAUGGAGAAGACGACAGCCCAGUACCUCAAAGAAGACAUCUUUAUUGAGAAAAUCCACUCUGAGAAGAUCCGCGGUGCAUACAAAGCUUGGGAUGGCCAAGCCAUGGAUGUCGAUAUCUCAUGGGGCUACUAUAGAGGUGUACCGUUCUACUGUAUCAUCAAAGAACAGAAUCAGGGCAAACGCGAUAGUCUCAUCGUUGUUCGUUCGUUCCUCUACAAGUUCAACAUCCGAGACACCAAACCGACAACCAUAUUCUCGUCCCGGUUUCUCCUCUCAAUGACUGACUGGCUCUCUCAAGAAGUCAGAGUCAAUUACGUCGAUCAUCUGAUUGGUAUGGACGCAGACACUGUCUUUCAAAAUAACUGCAUCUUUGAGCUUCUCAAAGAGUCAAAGUAUCCCAAUACAGUGGGCGUUUGCGGCUAUGUUGCGGUUGACUUCAGUGGAGGCAAUUGGAACUUAUGGUCUAUCUAUCAGAACGCCGAGUACACGAUUGCCCAGGGACUGAGACGGCUGCAUCAAUCCAUCGCAACCAAGAAAGUUUCUUGUCUACCUGGAUGUUGUCAGUUGCUCAAGAUUUGUGACAUGACAUGCGGUGACAAGGUCCUCAUCGAGCAAUUUGGAUACUAUCCCAGACCUUUGGACGGCAUGAUCAAACGCAUUCGAGCCACUGCAUCUGAAGAUCGAAACCAUAUAUGCCAACUUCUCACCACCUUUCCCGAAGCACAAACUCGUCAAGCUUUGCGCGCGAGGGCUUACACUGAUGUCCCCCAUUCUUGGAGUGUCUUUCUUUCUCAACGUCGCCGUUGGACACUCGGAGCUACAAGCAACGACUUGCUACUGUUCACGGCCAGGCAUUGUCAAUGGUGGGAACGUAUACUGGCCUUUUCAAAUGUUCUCACUUGGUCUCUCAAUGUCUUUGUUAUCGCCUCGAUCGGUUGCAUGAUCGUAGCUUUCAUGCAUCAGCCAUGGUGGAUCAUCAUGGCCUUUGCGGGCAUCAUGAUCGUCCCUCUUAUUUACUACGUUAUCAUGGCAAUUUGGCUACCAGAGUCAAUGCUGGAGAGAUUCCAGUACCUCCUUGGUCUGUUCAUCUUUGUUAUUCUGGGACCAUUUUUGAACAUUGCUGUCAUGGUGUUUGCAGUGUUCAACAUGGAUAGUUUUGGUUGGGGCAAGACUAGAAAGGUCAUCGUUGACACUCCCGAUGAACAACCACAAGAGAAGCAGAAUAAUAGGGAUACUGGCAGUGGGUCUAAUUCAUUGCCGGGAACUUUUAGUAGCGAUCAGAGAGAGGAGGUGGCUACAAGUGCAACAGUCAGAAAGCCAGCGGUAGUGUACGUUCCUCCAACUACGCAGCACUUGUAG